UCCUGGCAUCUGACGUAACAACGUUAAGUGGACACCAGCGCACCCGUGUGUGGCCGGUGUACUUGACAUGCGCCAACAUACAGUACUCCCUUCGCUGGCGGGAGACGGGUCGCGUGCUCCUUGGACUGCUGCCCAUGCCGCAUGAGAAGAUGACUCCGGUGCAGAAGGUCAUUCUGUUCCAGAAGGCCAUGCACGUCCUCCUACAUGAUCUCUUCCCGGCAUCUCAAUGGGGCACACCACUAACGGAUCCUCAGGGCGUGGUGCACACCGUGUACCCCAUCCUCUAUGCGUAUGUGGGUGAUUACCCCGAAAUAUGCAAGGUCUCUUGCACGCUGCAGCUGGGCAGUGAUAUGCCUUGCUCAGUGUGCUAUGUGGGGAAGAACUACCUGUGGGUCAUUCGCGAUGGGCUGAAUGCCCCCCGCACUGUGGAGCAACAGAUGAGGCUGUUGAAUGACCCCGAGGAGGCUGCAAAGUAUUCCACACAUCCCGUCGAGAGUUUUCUCUGGAGUUUCCACCGACCAUCAUCCAAAUUGGGCAACACAUACCAGGCCCUGAUGCCCGAUCUCCUCCACAUAUUGUAUGGGGGCGUACUUCCCCGCCUCGUCCACGUCGCAAAGGGCGGCGACGCAAAUGCUCUCGUGCUCGAUGACCGCUUGCUCGCUGCAUACGACGCAGCCAUCCUGGCAGGUGUUCCCCUCCCGUCAGGCCUCUACUUCUCAAGGAAUGCUUACUACUCCGCGGCAGAGCACGCUGCAAUGCUCACGGUUCUCCCGUUUUUGUUGGAGGGGCGCGUUGAACCUGUGCAACUGACGGCAGUCGUCUACUUUGCCGAUUGGCAUCACAACCACAUCCGGGCCGAGUCAUACACUGAGGAGUCACUGCGGCAGAUGGAGUUGGACACGGCUGAGCUGGUGCGGCUGCUGAUGACACAGUUUCCCAGAGGCGGGCAUGGAUGGAACCUUAUCAAGGUCCACGGGUUCAAUCACCUCCCUGAGGCUAUCAGGCGCGGCGGACAUCCCCGGGAGUACUCCACGGCGCCCUAUGAGAAUGCGCAUAUACGAAACUGCAAAGCCCCGUACAGAACUUCAAACAAGCGGGACUACGAAGCUGCCAUCCUAUCCGGAAGCACCACCCGUCACGCCAUGGCCGUGCUACCUCCAGCUUCUGUGGAAGGCCCUCGUGAAUACAACACGGCCGCCAAGCGGGCACGUCUCUCCAGAUCCAACACGCUUACCAGCACUAGUGCUCUCUUGACAGAUGGGACUGGGACCCAUACAAGGGGGGAUGCUCUUCUGGCACAGUACAACGCCGCUUCAGAGGGUUGCCUUUCUCGGUAUCCCCAGGUCAUGCAGCAGCAUGGAUACAGCAGUGCAACUGCCCAGGCACAUCGGGCAGUGGCGCUUCCAGCCAGGGACGUGCGCACGGGCGAGCAGUCGGCCUGCUAUGCCCGAGCAGCGGUCCGCCACCACGGAAGCCCAGCAUUUUCCAGUGUGGAGUACCGUGGAGGGGAUUCAGAGCUGCGGUAUGGCAAGUUGGUCCUACUGUUGCGUGCCAAGAAGCUGGGUGCGGACCUGGGAGACGCUGAGCGUGAGGUGGCAUACAUCAAGCCAUGGAAGCGGGUUGGUGUGGAUGGGCCUACAGGCUGUGUGCAGCUCCAAGAGAUGAGUAGGCCCGAGGCUCACGAUGUUGUACCUAUUACCAGCAUUGUCCGCACUGUGCAUGUUGUGAGGUCGUUUGAGCGCCCACGCAUAUGGCUGCUGAAUAAAUGGGCCGAUGGGUUGCGAAAAGGUGGGGUGUGAGUUCUCGCCAAUGUGUGAGGCUCAUGUGACGUCUUGAUAUUUCCUGUAACGGUUUGUACUGUUGCUCGGGUUGUUGUGGAUUGUUGGGGCUUAGUCGCCGAUUUUUGUUGGACGUGCG